UCUCUCUCUCUCUCUCUCUCUCUCUCUCUCUCUCUCUCUCUCUCUCUCUCUCUCUCACUCUGUCCCUACCUCACUCUCUGCCUGUUCAUGUUAUUGUCGUGCUUGUCCUUGGCUGUGAAACGACAACAAGCCGAGCAGCCAACCAGAGAGCAGGAUUUAGACUGGAUCAUGGUGCACAGUGCUGCGGGGACAGAUAGCUGAUGUAAACAUGCCUGAAGUUCCACCUGCAGAGAGCUCGAGCGAACAGCAGCCAGAAAACACGCAGAGGAAAAGAACGUUAGAGAACACAGACGAUUACACCGCAAAAAAGAAACAACGCUGCUGGGGUAUUUUAACUAGCCAAGGCAGGAAUGUCAUAUACCUAUCAAUGGCUAGAUGUUCCAUGGGGAGACGGAGACAUGGGGUCAUGGGCGGACCGGUCCCCUCUCCACGAGGCAGCGUGUCAGGGCCGUCUCCUGGCCCUCAGGACCCUACUCUCACAGGGUUACAACGCAAACAUCCCUACCAUAGACCAUGUGACGCCGUUGCAUGAGGCUUGCCUGUCAGACCACGCGUCAUGCGCCAAGGCGCUUGUCGCAGCUGGUGCCAAUGUAAAUGCCACCACCAUUGAUGGGGUGACGCCGCUGUUCAAUGCCUGCUCAGCGGGCAGUGCCACCUGUACAGAGGUACUGCUGGAAAACGGUGCCAAGCCCCAGUCAGAGAUGUGCCAGCCCUCGCCCAUACAUGAAGCCUCCAGCAAAGGCAGAAGUGCUUGUCUGGAGGCACUGAUCACAUGGGGAGCAGACGUGGACUAUGAUAUUCCUCACCUAGGAACCCCCCUGUAUAUCGCCUGCAUCUCCUCAGGACUCCAGUGCACACAGAAACUCCUCGAUGGAGGGGCCAAUGUGCAGAAGGGCAGGUUCCUGGAGAGCCCGCUCCAUGCAGCAGCUCAGAAGGACUGUCCUGAGAUUAUCAAUGUGUUGUUAGAGUUUGGAGCGAACAUUAACGCUAAAAAUCUAGAGCUGAAGAGACCGGUGGAGUCAGCCCCACCUAACAGCUCAGCAGAGGAGACGUUACUGCUGUAUGAAGCAACACCUCAGCCACUAUAUCAGCUGUGUCGUCUCAGUGUCAGAGAUUAUAUGGGCCGAUCUCGACUACACCUCAUCCCUCAGCUACACCUCCCCAACCUUCUCAAACGCUUCCUCCAGUACAGAUAGAACACAUCAACGCCCUCUCUCUCUCUCUCUCUCUCUCUCUCUCUCUCUCUCUCUCUCUCUCUCUCUCUCUCUCUCUCUCUCUCUCUCUCUCUCUCUCUCUCUGUCUGUUGCUCUCCCUUCUCUUUCUCUCUUUCUAAAUGAGAGCAUCGUCAUAAUAGAGGAUAUUCUUUAUCCCAUCCUCUCUAUUGUUUUCUCUCUGUUUCUCGCUCCAACCAUUUCAUCAUCAAGUGAAUUCAUUAUUACUCAAUGAACCUCGUUUAAAAAAAAUAAAAAAUAAAAACAGAAUCUCAAAUGCACAGAAACCCUCCCAUUCACUGACAUCUGUUUUCACUGUUUCUCUGAGGCACCUACAUACAAGGUCAUGUAAAUAUGUAUAUUCUGUUACAUUGACCAAAACAUGAGUUUGAAUGUUCAAAAUAACUAAAUAUUAACACUGUAUAAUACUGUGUUAUCAGUUAAAAUGACACCCCCACUGCAGUGAUCGUUGUGAUCCCAACUUGUCAGAAAGUUGCCUGUAAAGAAAUGUACUGGUGUAAAUCAUGUUUUUCUGCACAAAUACUAUCGAAGUCAAGUUGAUCACCUUGCAUGUCACUUUGGUUUUGUGUCCAAUAUUCCUGUCCACGCCAUACGUUUAACUGCCUAAUAUUCAUUGACCCAAAUAAUGAAAGGGGCCAUUGCAUGUUUAAUGUAAUGUAUAACAUAAUGUACUUUAAUGUACACAAAUCAUGUACCUUAAUGUACGAUGUUAUCUUGUUUGCAUCAUUGGUAGCAUAUAUUUUUUAUUUAUUUAUUUUAUUUUACCUGGUAAGUUGAGUGAGAACACAUUCUCAUUUAUAGCAAUGACCUGGGGAAUAGUUAUAGGGGAGAGGAGGGCGGAUGAAUGAGCCAAUUGAAAGCUGGGGAUGAUUAGGUGACCGUGAUGGUAUGAGGGACAGAUUGGGAAUCUAGCCAGGACACUGGGGUUAACACUCCUAACCUUAUGAUAAGUGCCAUGGGAUCUUUAGUGACCACAGACCACACACAUUUAAAGUCUUAUCCAAACGACGGAUAUAUGCAGCUCAUUCAUUACACAUUGAGAUGUGUACAUUAAAGAUUCAUUGACUCUGGAAAAAGUAAAACAUAUUCAAAAUUGUACCCAUGAUACUCUGAUUGUGUCUGUCCUAUAUAAAGCUCUUAUGAUGUGAAUAAUAUUGUAUUUCAAUUAUUGUCUUAUAACAUUAGCCAACUAAUAUAUAUAUAUUAUAUAUAUAUAUAUUAACGUGACCUGUAUAUGAAUAACUCACUGAAAAAUGUAUAGUAUUUUGCCAAAACUCAUUUCACAUACCUCUCACCCGUUUCACUCUAAUAAAUAAGAAUUUUAUUUCAUGA